GACCUGGUUCUUGCGUUCAUAUUAUGCCAACAAAAACUCUCUCUUCACCACAAUUGAAGGAGAAUUUUCUGGGUUUUGUCUUCUCUAGACUUCCAACAAAUCCCAUAUUUUCUGUUCAGUUUCUCAUUGAUUUAAUUAAUUUUUGAAGUAGUAGAUAUAGCCUUGCUUGAGAGAGAGAGAGAGAGAGAGAGAGAGAGAGAGAGAGAGAGGGAGAGAGAGAGGGAGAGAGAGAUAAGUGGGGAAAGAAACAACGGAGAGUUUGGAAGUAAGACAAACAAGAGUGAAUAAAAAUCUAUCUUCCCUUUAUCUUCCUUCAAUGUCAAAUAUCACAGGUAGUGCAGCUACUGGGAGCUUCUCUUCAGGAAAUUGUGGCGGAGAAGAAGUUCAACAGCAACAACAAGAGCUAUUAAAUCACCAUGCAAACCUCCAUGGCUCCAACUCCUUCCUUGCAACAACAACUAAUAUCGAUAGCAAUGGUAUCUCCACUGCUCAAGUACAAAAGCAACCUCCACCGGCUAAGAAGAAAAGAAACCUACCAGGAACUCCAGACCCAAGUGCUGAAGUGAUUGCCUUAUCACCAAAGACCCUGAUGGCCACAAACCGGUUUGUGUGUGAAAUUUGCAAGAAGGGGUUCCAAAGGGACCAAAACCUCCAACUGCACAGAAGAGGUCACAACUUGCCGUGGAAGCUUAAGCAAAGAACAAGCACCGAAAUCAUUAAGCGAGUCUAUGUCUGCCCAGAACCCUCCUGCGUCCACCACGAUCCAUCGCGGGCACUCGGGGAUCUUACGGGCAUCAAAAAGCACUUUUGCCGGAAGCAUGGUGAGAAAAAGUGGAAAUGUGACAAGUGCUCCAAGAAGUACGCGGUGCAAUCGGACUGGAAAGCUCAUUCAAAGAUCUGUGGUACUAGAGAAUACAAAUGUGACUGUGGAACCAUCUUCUCCAGAAGAGAUAGCUUCAUCACCCACAGAGCUUUUUGUGAUGCCAUAGCUGAAGAGAACAACGCAAGAAACCAAGGAGUAGUACUAAUGUCCAACAAUAUUAUGGGAGCACAAAACUUACAACAAGGCCAACUUUCCAACAGUGAGCUCAUCAUCUCCACAUCAAUGCCCAUGAACAACAACAAAAUCAACGAUAACCCACCAUCAGCAAGAUCAGAUAUUACUACAUCUGGUCAAUUUCAUCAUAUUUUUGAUGCCAAAAAUACCCCUUUAACCCUAGAACCCCAACGACCCUUCCCAAUACCCGCAAAACCCUUGAACAUGUCACCGAGAUCCCUAAACAACAACACUUCAUCAUCUUCACCAUCGUCAUUACUCUUCGAAUUAAAUCACGGCGGGCACGGUCAAUCACUCAUCCCCAGCUCAUCAGGCCACUUAUCCGCCACGCAACUUCUACAAAAAGCGGCUCAAAUGGGUGCAACUAUGAAUGGUGGUCCUAACCCUAACCCUGGUAGUACAACCAUAACAAGCAUGGCACCCUCAACCUAUGGUACAACUACUGGUGGGUACAACAUGAACCGCUUCAUGCAGCAGAGAGAUCAUAACAUUCCGCAAUUAGAGACCUCGCCACAGUUUUUCAGCGCUAAUUGUGCGCAAAUGGGGAUGUUUAACGUGUUAUUCGAUCAUCAUCAGAACAAUGGUUUCUUGAAGAACAUGGAACAUGAAAACAAUGGGACUCCAAAUAAAAUAGGGUUGAGGGGUGCUAGUAAUGUGGGCAGUGGUGAUACAUUGACAGUUGACUUUUUAGGGCUUGGAGGAUCGGGUGAUAUUAAUAGACCAGAAAAUUUUCAUGAUCAGCAGAAACAACAACACGGUCAACAAGAUCAGUUGGGGUUUGGAGAAUUUGAUGAUGAUGAUCACCUAAUAAUGCAAAGGUUUGGCUGAUCAUGAUCAGUUUCGUCAUGAAGGAAUGAGAUGGCUGAUUCAGCGUAGUUUUUAAGUUUUACUUUUUGUACUAUUAGGUUUUAGAUGCUAUGAUCUCCAUGUGAUAAAAUUUAGUUUUAGUAAAUGAAUUGUUUCGAUUGAUCUUC